UUUGCCACCUUGUUUGUUUCAAUAUGGUCAUCGUGUUACUUUUCUUGUGGGACAAGGACAACAUACUAGAGGGUGUACAAGGACGUCUUAUAUAAGAAGUGGGCGGGAGAAGAACAGAAUGCGGAUCGAUAAAAUAAUUUUGCAUCACUCUGACUAGACUUCAUGAGCUAGCAAAGGAAAAAUGAGCAAGCCUUCCCAUAGAGUACUGCUUACGAAGCUUGUUUUAUCCCUCAACUUUCUUUUUUGGCAGCUUGGGUCUGAACUCAAAUUCCAGGCUAGAGGUUAUGUAGUUCUCCCAGUACUCCCAGUACUCCCAGCUGAUGAAGUGGAUACUCUCACAACCGUGAUACACAAGUUGGAUGUAAACCCAGCGCCAGUUAUAACUAAUACAUAUUGCGGCCAGAGUAGUGUCUCCGCUAUGACAAUCGGUUGUACUUGUGACCGCGAGAACAAGGUUUGCCAUAUCACAAACAUUUCCAUGCAUGGCAUUGGUUUAACUUCAGUUAUACCAGAAGAAGUGGGUAAUCUUCGGAAACUGUCAUUGCUCGACCUAUCCGACGGUAAACUUUAUGGCUCCAUACCAGCUGCAUUAGGGAACUUGUAUAAUCUCCAAACCUUGGAUCUAUCAAGUAAUCAACUGACUGGCUCAAUACCGGACUUGGGGGGAUUGCAAAAUCUUCAGUCUCUGGAUCUAUCAAGUAAUCAACUGACUGGCUCCAUACCGGACUUCGGGAGAUUGCAAAACCUUUCGAAGCUAGAUCUACACGACAACUUUCUGGAAGGCACUAUACCACCAACCUUGGGUUCACUGGUGAAUCUUCGGGAACUGUAUCUCUACUGUAAUAGGUUAUUAGGCUCAAUUCCUGAUGAAUUGGGAAAUCUCGUCAAUCUUACUCAGUUGGAUAUUUCUGAGAACCGGCUCACUGGUCCGCUUCCCAAUACACUUGGAAAUUUGAGGAAUCUCAGCGGCUUCUGGGCCACAUCCAAUAACUUGAAUGAUAAAUUUCCGGACACUUACGGGAAACUUACAAGUCUAAAAGAGUUUUCAAUAUCCGGGAAUUAUAUCUCUGGUCUAUUACCUGUUGACAUCAUAAAGAGCUGGACUGAUAUCACAAGUCUGUCACUCAUGGGAAACAAUUUUAAAGGAAAUUUGACUAAAGAAGUAUUCAAUUUGCCAAACCUUCAGCAUCUGCGGAUAAGUGACCUGGAAAAUGCUACAUUUGAGUUACCAUCAGACAUUACAAACACCAAAUAUAUUUCUUUGAUACUGAGGAACUGCUCAAUCAAUGGUUCCAUCCCCAAAUACAUUGGUGAUCAAAUGACAUCUCUAAAGUACCUAGACUUGAGUUUCAACAGCUUAACUGGUGGACUUCCAGAGUAUAUGAAAUCAGAUUUACUUUACAUGUCUUUUUCCACAAAUAUGCUUCAAGGGAUGAUACCUACUUGGAUCCUUCUGGCAGUCCAAACUAGAGAUCUAUCAUUCAAUAAUUUGUCUGCACCGGACUCUGGAGUACCAAUAAACCAAAAUCUGAACUUGUUUGCUUGCUGCCCCAACUCCACAGCCACUGAAAUGAGGGAUCCAUUAGAAAUGAUGAAUACAUACUGUCUGGAAAAGGAACAAAAAUACCAUUCUUUGUUUAUUAACUGUGGUGGUGGAGAAACAACUGUUAAUGGAGUUACUUAUGAGCAAGAUAAUGCCACAGCACCCUCCUUCACAAGUCCAAAUAAAAACUGGGCUUAUAGCUUUGGAGGUUCUUGGGAAGGAAAUGCAAGUUCUAGUGAUUACACGAAGAACAUGACAUGUGGAGUUUCUGUUGCUGAUGCACCUUUGUAUGAUAGAGCUCGUCUUUCCCCUGUAUCUCUCAAGUACUAUGCUUUCUGUCUACGUGAAGGCAAAUACAAUGUGACGCUCAAGUUUGCUGAAAUUGUAUACACUGAAGAUACAGACUAUACCAGUUUGAGGAAGCGUGCAUUCGACAUUUAUAUUCAGGAUGACAAAAUUAAAGUGCUAAAUGAUUUCCACAUUAGAGAGCUGGCAGGAGGUCCAGAUAAACCAAUUACCAAAAGUUUUACAGCUGUGGUAAAUAAAUAUAAUACUCUAUUGAAGAUCCACAUGUACUGGGAUGGCAAGGGGUCUACUGACUUGGGUUAUGGAGCUGCUGCUUUUAAUGGACCUCUAAUAUCUGCUAUUUCCGUGUCUCCUGAAUUCAAAAUUCAUGAUGAGAAACUACGUCCCUUACAUAUGGCACUGAUCGGGAUAGGUUCAACCAUUAUUGCUGUGCUGCUUUUAUUGGCUUUUGCCUGGUUGGGCUGGUUCAGAAGCAGAAACUCACCCAAAAUAAAAGUAGGUGAAGAAAAAAAAGGGGAAGGGACUCAAGACAAGCAUGUAACCCUCAAAGAAUUAAUAGAUGCUACUGGAAAGUUUAGCGACAAAAAGAUAAUUGGCAGUGGCAGUCUUGGGAAAGUUUAUGAGGCCCAACUACUAGGUCUUAUUAAAACUACUGUAGCUGUGAAGAGACUUUCCUCUCAUUUUAAAGAAAAUAUCCAAAAAUUGAAAAAGGAAAUCAAAUGGUUAUAUGAAUUGGAGCAUGAAAAUCUCAUUAAAUUGUUCGAUUAUCAUAUUGAGAAAGACCUCCAACUUCUUGUUUAUGAAUACAUGGAAAACAGAUCCCUGGAAGAUGCCUUGACCGUUGACUCAAAUACCAGAUCAUUGAAAUUUACUUGGGAUACUAGAUUCAAGAUUUGCUUGGGAAUAGCAAGGGGUUUGGAGUAUCUACACAAUCAUCGUAAACUAAAUAUCGCUCAUCUGAACAUUAAAGCUGUUAAUAUUCUUCUUGAUGGAGAUCUUGAGCCAAAGAUAUCAGAUUUUGGAUUGGUACAUCUUUAUGUUGAGGAGGAUCAAUUUAAGGUCAUCAAAAGAGAAGUUGCACAAGGAUAUACGGCACCAGAGUAUUUUCAAGGAAAUUUGACGAUUAAAGCUGAUGUUUACAGCUUUGGGGUGAUCCUACUUGAAAUUGUUUCUUGGAAAAAAAAUGUGAUCAAAUCACACAAUGGAACUGAGUUUCUUGUGGACACGGCUAAUGAAAAACAUGAACAAGGAAAUCUCGAGGACAUGAUUGAUAAGAAUUUGGAAACUUGCGAUACACAACAAGCCCUGACCGUCUUGAAAUUAGCAGUGAAGUGCACCAGUAUAGCCCCUAGUGUGAGGCCUUCAAUGUCUGACGUUGUGAGUGUUCUGCUAAAUAAAAAGACGAUUGGCGAGCUUUUUAGAUCUGGUGCCCCUAAUGUUGGGGAAAAGAUCAAGGGCAGUGGGGGCGCCACUUCUAUGGACCUUACCUCUAUACCAUCAACUUCAUCUCCUUCUACCAACACCAAAGAUGAAUAGGAAAGUAUUUCUGCAGAUAUUCCUAUGAAAUCCUGAGGCAAAUUUCCGGGCACUAGUUAUGGUUCAGCUAGCAAUUGCUAAUUAAGUUUGACAGUGACCUAUGCACCAGCUGGCUUGCUUUAUAUCUGUUGUUUUUGUUGUAGCUAGUUGUUAUCUCUGUUGCUGUUGUUCUUUUUCUUGAACUUAAUUCAUUGAAGAUUCCUGUUUUCCGCCACGAAUAUAUGUAUGGGUGAGAUUAGUUAAUUGAUCGACUUCAGAAGCUCUCGAUCAUAAUUGAGAUUGUAUGAAUGAGAGAUA